AAUUGGAAGAGACCAGAGCCAGGUCAGCCAGUGAUCGGGACAAGAUGGCAUCACAGGUGAAGAAGCUGGAAGAUGGGCAUGCCCGUCUCAAGCAUGACAACCAAGCUCUGGAAGAUCGCAUAGGUGACCUGGAGGUGAAGCUGAACAACCAGCUGGAACUUCUGAGGAAAUCCGAGGAAGACUACUAUGAGUGCGUCAAGGAACGGGAUGCCCACAAGGAGGCACUGAGGCAGCAGAUAGACGAGCUCACCGCGGAGGCUGCGGAGGAGAGGUUGCAGGCAGAGUUAGAAGAGCUGCAGGACCAGUGUGAGGGCUGCAAGACCUCGGCUUCCGAUAUGGGCCAGCUCACCGCGGAUAAAGAGCGCCUCGAGCUCAAGCUCGCCAGCGAGCACAGCGAGAUUCACACACUGAUUGCCGAACGUGAGGAGCUCUGCCAUAAGGUCGAAGUGCUGGAGAAAGAGAACGAGGGCCUCAAGUGCAAGCUCAAGUCUGCCAACGAGGACUGCGCAAAGAAGCUUCGAGCCGCUUUCGCCUCCAAUAAUUCUGACAUAAAUAAGAAGUCUGUAGAAAUGAAUAAAUCAAAGCUCGCUUCGAGAGAAGAGGCUGCCAUGUGGAAAGAGAAAUGCCUCAACCAGAUAUCUCUUCGUGUGCGAAUAGAGGCACUUCGGAAGAAACACAUCGCACAGAAGACGGAGAACAUCAAACAGUCCAGCAAGGAUACUGAGGCACUCAAGGCUCAGACAGAAGAGCAUACCGUGCAUCUUUCUGCCAUGAAGGAAGAACGAGAUAAGCUGGCGAGUGAGCUUACCGCCAUGAUGCAAGAACGAGACAGGCUGGCGAGUGAGUGUCCUGACUGCCGCCGUGCUGCCCUCCGGUGACACUGUGGUGGCUGCUCGAUGAUCAAGAAUUGCACGCAGCAGCACCGCCAUAAACACCGCGUGCUUCGCCAAGUGCAUCGCUGACUGUAGCUGCGGAACCUCGAGCGACCCAGUUGUUGCUGAACGUGGUCACAACGACUACUCUACCAAGGAAAAGUCCGCGCCCA